AUGCUUCAUGAACUGCUGCUACACUUAGCAGCACAUACGUCUGGCUUAUUUGGAGGUGAAAAUGAAAGUGGUCCUAUUUCUAUUGCCGAUUUUCAUCCUGCAGAACAACAGUUAUUAAUUCGGCUAAAUAAUCUUGCACAACAACAUGCAUUUAUUCGUCGAAUGUGCAGUACUGUUUGCUGUAGUAAACUUUCUAUUGUUAACAAGAAUUCAUUUAUAAUUCCUUAUAACAAUACUUGCAAUUUUAGUUUGGAUUGUGUUGUAAGAAAUUCUAUCGUAAGCGCAAUUGAACAGCAAUUGCAGAUAUUUAGUGAUGUUCUUUGUGAACUUGAGAAACGUCUUCUUCUUUAUGAUUCUUUUUUUAUUGGAGUUUGUUCAGAAAUUAAGUUAGAACAUGAUUAUAAGCAACAUCAUGAAGCAGAAAAGCAACAAGAACAACAAACAUCUCAAACACAAACUCAGGAUCAGUCAUCGCAUUAUCAAUCAUCUUUGCCUCCUGUUUCUCUUACGUUAUUGAUACAGACAUUGCGACCAUGGUUUCGGAAAAUGGAUUAUCUUGAACAAGUUGCUUUUAGAUUUGAUGAAUCAUUAAAUGAAGUGCUUAAUGAUGUUUCGGAUCUUGCUUUGAACGAUGUUUCAAACAAUACUUCUGAUUGUGUUUUAAGUGAUACCUCAGAUAAUACGGUUGAUUCUUUAAAUAAUGUUUCCAAUGUUUCGGAUCAACAUUCACGUACUCCUUCUACAAGCACCGUUGUUUGCAGAGAUGAUGUUGAGCGUUCUUUUUUUAAUGAAUUUGAUGUCAAAUUAAUAAAUCAGCUUUCAGAAGAUGUACAAUGUUGUGCAGGUGAAAUUCAAACAGUUGCUUCUACGUUACUUUGUACAGCACAGAAAGCUUGGAUUACUACUAUUCUUCCAUCAAUGAUUGGUGUUAAUUUAAGUUCCAAUCCUAAAUUCGAUUCUUAUUUUGAUUUAAACUCAAAUGAUAUAUCAAUACAGUUGCCGAAUUUUGUAUCUGCUCGUGCUGCAAAUGACAUCUGGAUGAUAGGCCGUGCAAUGCGGAGAUUACGUAGUCAUUGGGGAGUAGUAGAAAGAACGAAUACUUCGAAUGAACUUUCUACUACUGGUAAUAUUAUCUUUACUUCUACAACAAUUUCCGGAGCUUCUUCCAAUGAUAUUUGUGAUGUAUUGGACCUUUCUUUAAUGAUACACGAACAAACAAUGAUUUUAUCAUCCUUAGAAUAUCCUUUGUCCACUCCAUCUCUAGAAACAGCAGUUCGACAAGUCAAGGAAAUGUGUGCUCGACGAAUAUUUAAGCAUAUCUUGUCUUUGCCAAUGAUCGAUGCUUGGGCACAGUUUCUGAGCAAUUAUUAUUUGCUUCAAUACUCUGAAUUUGUGUUUUGUUUUCUUCAAGAGGUAUUAAAUAAACAAAAAAUUGUAAAAAUGUCAAAACAAACUCAAGUUUCAGUAUUGCUUGUUAGAACAUUUAAAGAACUAAGUCGAAUUGAGGAAAAUUUUGACAUGAAUGGAGAUGUGGAUGAGACGUCUAUAAUACUUCAUCGGAGAAUGCUCUCUCUUUUGAUUUCAAAAGAUGUUGCGCAUAAUACUUCAUUUUCAGAUUUAUUGAUCGGUAUACCAGUUAUUUUAUCAUUCUCUAUACCGUGGCCACUUACAUUAUUUUUUUCUGAACAAGAUGUUAAAGAUUAUAGUAAUAUUUUUUCUUAUUUAAUUGCAAUUAAACAAGCAAAAACAUGUUUAUCUGAAUUAUGGAAGAAAAGACGAUGUAUUAUUGCCACUCCAAAUAGAAUUAUUCGAUCGCAUUGGGCUAUUGCUAGUUAUGUUUUGUAUUUCUUAGAUAGCCUUUGGGAAUAUUUUCAGAUAAUGGUCAUUCAACCAGAAUAUCAAAAAUUUGUUAUCUUUUUUUCCAAAGAUUUCAAUUAUGAUCCAGAAUUUCUUCAAACUUCGCAUCAACAGUUUUUAACUAGUUUAAUGAAAAAAUUGUUUUUGAAAAAUGACUAUUUUUUAAUAACACUAAAAAAAAUCCUAUUAUCUGUUAACCUAAUUGUUUCUGUAAUCGAUUCUUUUCUUAUAAAUGAUCAUGCAGUAUCACAGACAAUCGAUGAAAAACUUAUUAAAGGGUUCAUUAAGCAAAUACUUUGUACCAUAGAAGAAAUAGGACAUACUGAUGUUGAUUCAAAAUUAACUAACCAUUUGCUUUUGAAAAUGGAAUUCUAA